AUGCUUUUCCAGGCCAUAUUAGUACUCCUCGCACUCCGGGCUAGUAGUGUGGUAUCUGUCCCUUUGAAGCGACAAGCAACCCCCCUCACCGACCAAACGUUCGAUUAUGUGGUCGUUGGUGGCGGUACCGCUGGAAGCGUGAUCGCAACGCGACUAGCAGAGCAUGGCUUUGACGUUGCCUUGGUCGAAGCCGGGGGGUACUACGAGCUUCAGUCCGUGGCAGAGUUUCCUGCAGCUGAUGGGUUGACGGCGGGAUCAGAGCCUACUUCUAGCUCACCGAUAGAUUGGGGAUUUGUGACAAGAGAUCAACCGGGUGCCAAUAAUCGGGCGAUUCAUUUCGCGCGAGGAAAAUGUCUUGGGGGAUCCUCAGCGUUGAAUUUUAUGGUCUAUCAACGUCCGACACGCGAGUCUAUGGAACUAUGGGCAACUGUAGUCAACGACAGCAGUUACAGAUUCGAUGAAGUGCUUCCAUUCUACAAAAAGAGCGUCGAUUUCACGCCUCCAAACAUGGAAUAUAGAGCUCCAAAUGCCUCCGCGGACUAUGAUGCCAAUGCCUACGACUCAGAUGGUGGCCCAUUGCAGGUGUCGUAUACUAACUACGCCCAGCCUUUUUCCUCAUGGAUGAGCCUCGGCAUGGAAUCUAUCGGCAUUCCUGAAGUACAGGAAUUUAACCUGGGUAAUAUAAUGGGAGCCCAGUAUUGCACAUCCACAAUUGACCCAGCCUCUGAGCUGCGAAGUAGCUCUGAGAAUUCUUUCCUAUCCAAGAUCAGACCCGAUUCAUUAACGACAUAUACGAAUACCCUUGCCAAGAAAGUGAUAUUUGAUGGAAAUAACAAAGCAACAGGAGUGCAAGUGAAAGACUGGCUGGGCAAUAACACCAUCACGCUUUCGGCAUCGGAAGAGGUUAUCAUCUCCGCUGGUGCCUUUCAAUCCCCCCAGCUCCUUAUGCUGUCUGGCAUUGGACCCCCCGACCAACUCAAGAAGCAUGGAAUCGAUAUUAUAGCCAAUCGAUCGGGGGUCGGUCAGAACAUGUGGGAUCACCCAUUCUUUGCUCCUUCGUACCGAGUGCGCGUAACGACACUCACUGAAUUUGCUACUAACGCAACAUUCGCGGCUGACCAAAUCAACGAAGGAUUAGUCCACAAAAGUGGGUUCUUGACAAGUCCAGUCGCGGAUUUUCUGGCUUGGGAGAAGAUUCCUCGGUUUUUGCGCUCAGCGUUCUCUCGGAGCACGCGGAGUAAAUUGGCCUUCUUUCCAUCCGACUGGCCAGAAGCAGAAUACAUGUCUGGCGCGGGGUAUAUUGGCAACAUGUCAAAUCUCCUCCCAAGUCAGCCAAAAGAUGGAUACCAGUAUGCUUCAAUGCUCGGUGUUUUGAUAACACCCAUAUCCCGAGGAAAUGUCACUUUGCAGUCUGGAGAUGCUUCAGAUCUGCCAGUGAUAAAUCCCAAUUGGCUUGAUGAUAAGGCUGAUCAAGAAGUUGCUGUUGCCAUAUUCAAGCGAAUACGCCAGGCCUUCCAGAGUAAAGCUAUGGAGCCCAUAGUCAUCGGCGAGGAGUACAAACCCGGGCCGCAGGUCCAGUCUGAUGACCAGAUCCUCGAGUUUAUCAAGGAUAAUCUGAUGACCAUAUGGCAUCCGGGUUGUACUUGCAAGAUGGGAACUUCUGAUGAUGAUAUGGCUGUUGUCGACUCCCAGGCCCGGGUUUUUGGAGUUGAUGGACUGCGCGUAGUUGAUGCUAGUGCAUUUCCUUUCCUUCCUCCUGGUCAUCCCCAGUCGACGGUUUAUAUGCUUGCCGAGAAGAUCGCGGCGGAUAUUAUCGAGGAUUCCGAAGUGCCUUCAUUGGAUUGA